AUGGCGCGGCUCCUCAUUUGUACACACUUUCUAACGUUUAUAGCUGUUGCGUCGGCACAGGAUUACUACAACACACCAAGGAUUGGUUCACAGGACUUGGCGACUUGUUACAACAUCGAUGGGCAACCGCAAAGAUGUAUACCGGAGUUCGAAAACGCGGCGUUUAUGGUCCAAAUGGAGGCUACAAACACAUGCGGUGACAACGGCCCAAAGAUGUACUGCAUUCAGACCUCUGCCGGCAGUUCCUCUGGAACCAGAUCUUGUGACUUCUGUCAACCGAACCAGUUCUCGAGUGAAUACUUAACGGAUCUGCAUUACGAGCAAGACAACCAGACCUGGUGGCAGUCGGAAACCAUGAAAGAAGGCAUCCAGUAUCCAAAUCAAGUGAAUUUGACUUUGCACCUCGGAAAAGCCUAUGAUAUAACGUACAUCAGAAUUGUCUUCUACUCGCCAAGGCCACAAAGUUUUGCCAUUUACAAGAAAAGGGCAGAGGAGGCCGACUGGGAGCCUUAUCAGUAUUACAGCGCCUCCUGCCGCGACACGUACGGCGUGCUGGAGCAGCGGGCAGCGGACCUCGGCGCCGAAACCAGGGCUCUGUGCACCAGCGAGUAUUCGGACAUUUCGCCCCUGUCUGGCGGCAACGUCGUGUUCUCCACAUUGGAGGGCAGACCGUCCGGCUACACCUUCGAAAGCAGCCCCGAGCUUCAGGAGUGGGUAACGGCAACCGACCUCCGCAUCUCGCUGGACCGCCUCAACACGUUCGGAGACGAGAUAUUCGGAGACACCCAAGUGCUGCAGUCAUACUGGUACGCGAUCGCUGACGUAUCGGUCGGAGCACGCUGCAAGUGCAACGGGCACGCCUCCAUCUGCGACUCCAUCGAGAUGCCCGACGGCUCCAAAGCCAGAUCCUGCAGAUGCGAGCACAACACAGCCGGCCGCGAAUGCGAGAGGUGUCUCGAUUUCUACAAUGACGCUCCGUGGGGCAGGGCGUCCCCUAAUAACGUGCAUGAAUGCAAGGCUUGCAACUGCAACGGUUUCUCCAAUAAGUGCUACUUCGACAAGGAGCUCUACGAGCGCACGGGCCAUGGGGGCCAUUGUAUAGAUUGUGCCGAGAACAGAGACGGCGCCAAUUGCGAGCGGUGCAAGGAGAACUACUUCCAGGGAGCCCAGGACAUCUGUAUGCCAUGCAAUUGUAACCCUACUGGCUCCCGUAGUCUCCAGUGCAACUCAGAAGGCAAGUGCCAGUGCAAGCCAGGCGUUACGGGUGACAAGUGCGAUGUUUGCGCUCCCAACCACUUCGACUUCACUAACCAGGGAUGCAAACAAUGCGGCUGUAACGAAGCCGGCGCUUAUGCCAACACACCCCAGUGUGACCCACAGACAGGCAUUUGCCUUUGCAAGCAGAAUGUUGAAGGAAAGCAGUGCAGGGAAUGUAAGCCUGGAUUCUUUAAUCUGGACAUUGACAAUGAGUUUGGCUGCACACCCUGCUUCUGUUUCGGACACUCCUCCCAGUGCAGCUCCGCUCCAAAGUACCAAGCCAGCGAGCUCACAGCGCAUUUCAUCAGAGAUGCAGAGAAAUGGGGCGCUGAAGAUGAUCAAAGGAAACCUGCGCCAUUAUUGUUUAACGCCAACACUCAAAACAUAGCUGUUAAGUCUAAAGGAUCGGAGAUAGUUUACUUCACGGCCUCAAAACUUUUCCUCGGAGACCAGAGACCGUCUUACAACCAUGACCUCAAGUUUACCCUGCGGUUGGGUGAGGCCCGGGGCUACCCGUCGUCUCAAGAUAUUAUACUGGAGGGAGCCCGUGCUUCAAUAUCAACGAACAUUUACGGCCAGAGCAAUCCAGAGCCUUCCGAUCAGACACAAGAGUACACGUUCCGGCUGCACGAGGACCCGCGCUACGGCUGGAGCCCGACGCUGUCCAACUUCGAGUACAUGUCGAUCCUGCAGAACCUGACCGCGAUCAGGGUCAGGGGCACGUACAACAGGGGCGGCGAGGGCUACAUGACCAGCUUCAAGCUGGACACGGCGAACAUUGGCCGCGAGAAGGGCUCCGCGCCGGCGAGCUGGGUGGAGAAGUGCUCCUGCCCGAAGGCCUACGUGGGCGACUACUGCGAGGAGUGCGCGCCCGGCUUCAAGCACGAGCCGGCCAACGGCGGCCCCUACUCGGCGUGCAUACCGUGCGACUGCAACGGGCACGCGCACAUCUGCGACACCGCCACGGGCUUCUGCAUUUGCAAGCACAACACCACCGGCAGCAACUGCGAGCUUUGCGCGAAGGGUUUCUAUGGCAACGCGAUAGCGGGAACCCCCGACGACUGCAAACCGUGCCCCUGCCCCAAGGACAGCGGCUGCAUCCAGCUCAUGGACCAGAGCAUCGUCUGCACGGAUUGCCCAUUAGGGUACGCUGGGCCCAAGUGCGAGGUGUGCGCGGACGGCUUCUUCGGCGACCCCGCCGGCCAGCUCGGGCCGCCGAGGCCCUGCGGGGAGUGCCAGUGCAACGGCAACGUGGACUCGAACGCGGUCGGCAACUGCAACAGGACCACCGGCGAGUGCAUCAAGUGCAUCUACAACACCGCCGGCGAGCACUGCGACAAGUGUCUGAGCGGGUACUACGGAGAUGCUUUGGACCAGGCGAAGAAAGGCGACUGCAAGCCGUGCCGCUGCCACGAGGCCGGCACCUUGGAGAGUGCCGAAGGCCCACCCCAAUGUGACGGCCUCACCGGGCACUGCUCUUGUAGGGCACACGUCAUCGGCAAGAACUGCGAUAAGUGCGAGGAUGGCUAUUAUAACAUCGACUCCGGAGAGGGCUGUAUCCCAUGCCAGUGCAAUCUGGAAGGUUCCUAUAACGCCACAUGUAACCCAGUGUCUGGCCAAUGUUACUGUAAACCUGGUAUCGAUGGGAGGCACUGCGACCGCUGCCGCGCGUACCACUACGGCUUCUCGGGCGUGGGGUGCCGCGACUGUGACUGCGAUGAGUGGGGCAGCACCAACUACCAGUGCGACCUGGUGGGCCAGUGCUCUUGCCAGGAGAACGUCGAGGGGCGCCGCUGCGACAGAUGCAUGGAGAACAAGAAGCGUAGGGCCGACGGCCAGGGGUGCGAGGACUGCCCCCCUUGCUACAACCUGGUACUGGACGCGGUGAACGAGCACAGGCGAAAACUCAAGGAACUGGACGAGAUCCUGGCGAAGAUCUCGAAGGCGCCGACGGUUGUGGAGAACGCCGACUUCGAGCAGGAGUUGCAGCGCGUCAGGGGCGAGAUAGAGAGACUGGUCCAGGAGGCUGAGGCCGAGCUCGGCAACGGGCCAGGGUCCACCCUCACCAGCAACCUCGCCGAACUCGCCGACAGGCUGGCGGACGUGAGGAACAUGCUGUACAAGAUUGAGGACGAGUGCUACGAAGGAAACGAGUCUGUGGACAGGAGCAAGGGCAACGUCUCCAAGGCGGAGGACACCAUCGAAGCGGCCCAGAAGGAGAUCAACAGCGCCCUGGAGUACCUGGACGGUGAAGGGGCGGCGGCCCUCGCCAAGGCCCGCCACAGGUCCGACCAAUUCGGCAAGCAGUCGGUUGACAUGUCCGCCCUGGCGAAGGAGUCACGCCUGCUGGCGGAGAAGCUGGAGACGGAGGCGAGGAACAUUCGGGAGAUCGCCGAGAAGGCGUUCAACACGUCCCUGCACGCGAACAGGAUCGCGAAGGACGGGAUAAACAAGCAGGCGAACAUCAGCAACGAACUGCAGAUCCUCGCGAAUGAGCUGAACGCCGCAUCGGGCAAGCUGAGCAGCAUGGUGGAGCUGGCAGAGCAGGCCCUGACGAGGGCGAAGUCGGUGUACGACGACGCCCUGGGCCUCUACGCGGAGGUCAACACGACUCUGCUGCCCGAUAUAAAGCUCAGCAAGCUGCGACACGACUCUACGGAGAUGAAUAGGACGGUCGACGAAAAGGCGGCCGAACUGGAACAGCUGAUGAGCGGCAACGAGGAGACGCUGAACAACCUGGACGAGGCCAUCCGCAAGGGGAGGGACCUUUUGGACCAGGGCCACGACAGGCAGGACGAGCUCAAUGAUCUACUGGCGAAACUCGACGAACUACAAGCGCAGGCGAGGAACGACGUCGAACUGACUAAAGCGACGCUGAAGGACGCCAACGAAAUAUAUAAAACGCUUAAAGAGUUCAGCGAUCAGGUGGCGGAGUCCCGCCAGCUGGCGGAGCAGGCGGCCCUGGACGUGCCGGGGGUGCAGGAGAAGGUGGCGGCCGCGGAGAGGAGCAUCUCCAGCAUCAUCGAGGAGCUGAACACGGCCAGCGACAAGGCCAAGGACGCCCGGGAUCUGGCCCAGAAGGCGCAGAAGGAGUACGCUGACAAGGCGUCGGAGGCCGCGCACGAGAUAAGGAAAAAGGCUUCAACGUCACGCAUCGAGGCGGGGAAAUUGAGAGACGAGGCCGAUAAACUGUCAACCCGCGUGAAGGGGACCGCGAAACAGAUAGAGGAUCGCGAGAAACAGGCCAACGAGAAUAUGCAACUGACUCGCGACGCUAAAAUGAAGGUCGGACAAGCAAACACUGACGCGAGGGAGGCUGAGAAACAAGUCUCUAAAGGUCUGGAGGACCUUAAGGUGAUAAUGGACGAAUUGCAGAACCUACCAACGCUGGACGAUCAAGCAUUGGACAGACUGCAGGAGAGCCUGGAUAAAGCGGAGAGCGACCUACGGAAAGUGGACUUGGAUGGAAAGAUAAAGUCCUUGACGGAUGCGAAGAACAAUCACCAGAGGUGGAUGAAAAACUACCAGGACGAGCACGACCACCUGCGCACGGAGGUGGACAACAUCAAGGGCAUCCUGGACCAGCUGCCGGAGGGCUGCUUCAAGAGGAUCGUGCUGGAGCCGACCGAAGGGCCCAGUAGGCCGGCCAACUUCAGA